AUGUAAGUGACAGUGACUAAAAUACAUAAAUGUGAUGAUUGCACUUAAUUCAAUUCAUCCUCAGAUUGUAAAGCAACUAAAUUUAGAUGCACUUGGACAGAGAAAACAGCCACAAAAAGCAGAAUCUUGUGCCAAAUCUACAACACCUGUUGUUACUUCUACAUCAUAUUGUUAAAAAUAGAGACUACAAGUUGUGCUCAGACCUUUGGAUGUGCUUUAGUUGAUGGAAAAUGCACACAUUUCACAGGAUAUUCAGCUUAUGUCAAAACUACACAUUCAGAUUGCUAAACCAAAUCUACAUAUGAACUUGAAUGUGUUGGAUAUACUAAAGAUUAAUGUGAAACUAUCUUCCAUACAAGUGUAUCGACAAGUUCAAUUGAUAUUAAACACAAACUUAAAGGAGAAACAUGUAGAGACUACAUAUGUACUGAAGCUGAUUCUUCACUUACAACUGAUGUAGCCUGCUCAACUUGGUUAUCAGAUUGUAAAACAACAGGUGCUGGUUGUAUUGAUUCAAUAACUCUAUGUGCUAGUUAUUAAGGUACUUCAGAAACAUACCCAAAGAUGAAGGGAUCAGAUGGAAAUUACGAAUUGAAUCCAGAUGGAAGUAAUAAUUUUAGAGCAAGAUUAUGUACAGGUGCUGAUUAAUCAAUUACGGGAAAGGGAUAUAUUGCAAUAAGAGGAGCUUGCUCAACUUAUGAUGGAAAUGCUUCAACAACUGAUGCUGAGUGUGGUACUUGGAAGACUGGAUACAAAUCAAAUGGAAAAUAAUAUGUUGACUUAUUAGGUGCUUGUAGCUCAUAUGAUGGAACAACAACUACAUGUCUUGGCUUGAUAGAAUCAGAUGGUAAUUGCAAAGGAACUUCAACAACAGCUAAGUGUGCCUUAAAAGAUUGUGUGUUGGAUGGAAAGGAAACUAUUAAAACAGAUGCUGAAUGUCAGAAAAUUUAAUCAUAUUGUAAAACAACAGGAAAAGGAUGUGUGGCAACAUUAGCUGCAUGUUCAUCAUAUUCUUAUACAGAUGAUGGAACAUCUUGUAAUUCAUGGUAUGGAUCAGAUGGUAGAUGUAAACCUGGAACAGCUGGAAAGUGUGCAGCUAGAGUUUGUACUGAAGCUUUAACAUCAUUAACUACAAACAAAUAUUGUGAUGAUUACAAGAGUGGAUGUGUUACCACUGGAGUUGGAUGUGUUUCAACAACUGUUUGCUAAGAUACUGUUAAAUAAGUUACUUGUGAAGGAACAUCUAAUUGUGGAUGGAAUUCAAUCUGUACGACUAAUUGUAGUUACUUAUUGGCUAAAUCUAUUUGUAAAGUGUGA